GGGCACUUCCUGUUGACUUUCGUAAAAUAUUCUCCUGCUCAAAUCUACUUUUUCAUCUCAAACAAUAGAUUUUUAUGAGCAAAAACUGAAUUUCAUUGAUAUCGAAGACUGAUAGCAUCUGGUAGACAAGAUGGCUUUACCUGAAUCUCUUUCUGCUAAGUUUAUUAGCUCCUUCGCCUACAAAACCAUCAAAGAUCGCCUUCCUAUCAUUCUGACCAAGGUGAUUGACAUGGUGUACCGUAUGAAGAUUCAAAUAGCUGAAUCUCAUGGACAGGAAGGAGUCGAUGAGCUAAAAGUAAUUGCUGGGAGACUUGCUAAGUUGAGGAAUGAAAUGCAGACAGACAAACCCUUGAUUCCUCUGACUGAGGAUGGUGAGGAUGUGUCAAUUUGGAACAGUUACCUUCAGGAAAAGUCUGAGAGUAAAGGCUCGCCACCAUCCUGGUUCUGUGAUCCUUGGCUUUAUGUAGAGUGUUACAUGUACAGGAGAAUCCAACAAGCCUUUAACUUGAGCCCAUUGGUGUCCAGUAUCGAUCCAUUUCGAGCUCAGAAAGAAAACAGUUUCUGUGGGUCGGAAAAUGCUAUAGUUACUCUCCUUGCUCAUCUCAAGACAAUCACCGAAACUUCCAUGAAGGAUUCAGAGUUGAAGACGACUUUUUACCGCCUCCUUCAGGUGUCACUUUGGGGCAAUAAGGUUGAUCUCUCAAUCUCAAGCCUGGAAGAAAGGACUCAGGAUGUGAAUCCACUGGUUCAGUUAGACUCUCUUCGACCUAACAUCCUGGUGGACAACUCCCAAGACACCUGGCAAACCAUCCAGAGACCCAACAGCAACCGCAUUGACAUCAUUUUAGACAACGCAGGUUUCGAACUCAUUGGUGAUCUAGUGUUAGCAGAAUUUCUACUGGCAUCAAACUUUGCCAAUGUGAUAUAUCUACAUGGAAAAGCUAUGCCUUGGUUUGUUUCUGAUGUGACACAACAUGAUCUAGAUUGGACAAUGAAAGCUUUGUCAAAAUCAGAUAAUUCCACACUGGUGUACUUUGGAAACAAGUGGCAGGAGAGAUUGGAGAAAGGCAGUUUUGUGUUUACAGAGCAUCUGUUCUGGACUUUACCUCAUGACUAUAGUUUGAUGAAGUCGGCUAUGCCAGAACUUUAUAAUGAACUGGGAAAAGCAAAGAUUGUUAUCCUGAAAGGUGAUCUGAACUAUAGGAAAUUAACUGGUGAUCGGCAAUGGGACACAACAACUAGGUUUGAUGUGGCCUUGCAGGGUUUUCACCCGGCACCCGUGGUUUCUCUGCGGACCCUCAAGGCUGAUGUCCAGGUCGGAUUGAAGCCAGGACAAGCAGAGGAAUGCCGGGCAGCCAAUGAAAACUGGAUGGUCACAGGAGAAUAUGCCGUCAUUCAGUUUUCUUCACUAGUGUUGUAAGGAAUUUUAUUUCCCUUUGUGGUAGUGAAUCUACAUGUAGUCUGCUAGUUAAUUGUACAAUGUGCUCAGUAACUGAUUAGAACAUUCCAAAACCAUGGUGCUCAUAUAUGUAUAUUUUCUGAAAUCAAUAGCUAUUCUGACUCCAGGCGGCUGCCAUGUUUUGUCAUCACGGAGAUUUGACCUGAGUGGCUCCUUUUGCCAGUCAGGGGUUCACCACUAAAUGGUGUCAUGGAAUCUGCCCCUUCUUUGACACCCCCACUGUUUGUGACAUGACAUCUUUCCCAAUGUUGUUGUGCAAUUAUGGUCUAGAAACCAUGUACAUAUUCUCCUUUUCUCUGUUUUACUCUUGCACGGAGAUUUAAAACUUCUCUUGUCGAAUGUAUUGUCCGUAAAAAUUAUAUCAUUUUGGGUUAUUUUAAUAAAUUAUGCAUCAAAUAAUUA